AACGAGGUUGUUCCUGUUGUUGGGGCUCGUGCUUGCUUGUGGGAGUUUAUAAAUGGCGGCAGCGCAGCCUCUCCGGACAGAGUCGGGAUCAAACGCUGUUGAUCAGAAAUGACCAAACUGCUCCUGUAAAGCCGCCUGUGUCUUUCCUCCCUAUGACCCAGCAGCGAUGAAGCAGCUUCCUGCAGACACGGUGCGGCUGCUGUCCAGCUCCCAGGUGGUCACCUCGGUGCUGAGCGUGGUGAAGGAGCUGCUGGAGAACUCCCUGGAUGCCGGAGCCUCCAGCGUGGACGUGAAACUGGAGAACUUCGGCCUGGACCGCACAGAAGUCCGUGAUGACGGCUGCGGUAUCAACGCCGCGGACGCGCCGGUGAUGGCCGUCCGACACUUCACCUCCAAGAUCUGCAGCCACGACGACCUGGCCCGUCUGGAAACGUACGGCUUCAGGGGGGAGGCGCUGGGCUCCAUCUGCGCCGUGGCUGAGGUCGCCGUCACCACAAAGACGGAGCAGGACGACGUCGGCACCCAGUACACGCUGGACUGCAGCGGGAACGUCGUCUCUCAGAGGCCGUCUCACCUGGGCCGAGGAACGUCGGUGAGCGUGACGAAGCUGUUCAGGAAGCUGCCGGUGAGGCGGCAGUUCUACUCGUCCACAAAGAAGUGUAAGGAGGAGCUGAAGAAGGUGCAGGAGCUGCUGACGGCGUACGCCAUCAUCAGGCCGCCGCUCAGGUUGAUGCUGGCGCACAAUAAGGUGGUGCUUUGGCAGAAGGCCAGAGCCACGGACUUCAGGAGCGCCCUUGUUGCCACGCUGGGACCCGCCGCCGUCGCCAACCUGCUGCCGUGCCGCCGAGAGCAACCAGAGAUGGUUCUGGACGGCUUCCUUCCCAGGCCUGGAGCGGAUCUCUCCUCCAGCAGCUCCUCCACCUCAGACAAAACCUUCAUAUUCAUCAACGACCGGCCCGUCCAGCACAAAGAGCUCAUGAAGCUGCUGCGUCAGCACUACUCCGCCCAGUACCCCGACGACGCCGCCCGCCAUCGCUACCCCGUCCUGGCGCUUCACGUCACGGUUCCCCCGUCGUCGCUGGACGUGAACCUGACGCCGGACAAAACUCAAGUCCUGCUGGGUAACAAGGAGGCCGUGCUGACCGCCGUCGAGGCGCUGCUGCUCUCCCUCUACGGCGCCCGGCCCGCCGAGGAGCAGCCAGGAGAGACGGGCGCUCCGCCGCCUCAGGAGGAGAGCAGGAACCACGAAGGCGGCCAUGAUGACCGGCCGGCCGCUGAUCUUCAGCGCCAGGCCUCCAGCUGCAGCUCCUCUUCCUCCGUGGCGGACGACUGGAUCGUCAACCAGUCCAGCUUCUUCCUCUGCGACGACCAGACGCCGCCGAGUUGCUCCAAAGCGACGGAGUCGGGUUCUGCCAGCGGAUCCCCAGAGGAACCUGAGAACCGUGACGCCGCAGAAACCGGGACGAUCUCCGCCGAGGCCUGGAGCCGCGGCGCCGCUCUGACCGACCCGACGACAGGAGAACCGCUGCGGCCCGUGGCGCUGCACCGACCCUCAGAGGGCGGUCCUCCCGGCUCAGAGGAGGCCAGGAGCAGGAACGCCGUGACGGAGAAGCGGGCCGCCCUGACGGCCUACCACAUGAUCAGCAGCCGCGCCCUGAAGGCGCCGCCGUCCGCCGCCGCCCUGUUCGACAGGGAGGUCCGAGCCGAGGUGCUGAGGGAGCAGCCCGCCGCCGGCCUGCAGGAGAUCAGCGCCGCCGUUCAGAAGAGGUGGAGAAACCUGAGGGAGGAGGACAGGAAGAGGUUUGAGGAAAAGGCGAAGAAGAAGCAGGAUCUCCACGACCAGCGGACCAAGCUGGCCUCAGACGAGGGCCCCGGGGCCAAAGGCCAGAAGCGUAAAGCUCCUCAGUCCAACCAGCAGCUGCUGGAUGAACUCUUCUCCGCUCAGCCCCAGAAGAAGAAGACGAGCGCGGCCUGUAAGCCGUGGCAGCCGCUGCCCUGCAGCGUGGCGGCCCUGCGGCGCCGGCUCCAGCGCCUCUCGUCCCAGAGCGCCGCCGCGGCCCCCCGGGGCCUCCGCCUGCUCAGCCGGCUGGGCUCCCAGAGCUCCUGGGUGCUUCUGCGCGGUCAGAGGCUCAUGCUGUUGAACCCGUUUCGAGUGGAGGAAGCCUUGCUGUUUAAGAGGCUUCAGGAGAACCACGUCCUUCCCGCAGUGGUUCUGCAGAACCCGGUUCCGCUAACCCAAGGAAAUCUGGGCGGACCCGAGUACCUGGAGACGCUGUGCGGCAUGGAGCGGAGCGCCGCCGGGCCGGACGGCGCCGUCUUCUUCUCUGACCCCAGACUGGUGGCCAACGGCUUCAAGGUCCAACUCACAGCAGCCGGGGAACAUCUGGAAGUGACGGCCGUGGCGGACUGCGUGCCGUUUCUCGGCGUGGACGACCUCAGGGAGGUUCUGGCGGCGGUUCUGCACAGGAAGGCCUCUGCGGUGCCGGAGUGCCGUCCGCUCAAAGUCACCAACUUCCUGAAGGCCGAGGCGGUCCGGCUGGCCCGGCAGCGGCCCGGUUCUCUCUGCCGCGAAGACGUGGAGGAGCUGGUGCAGCGGAUGGAGCGGCAGCUGGGCGGAACCGACCGGACCUGCAUCCACGGGCGGCAGUUCGUCCAGAACCUGGCCGACGUCCCGUCUACGGAGCAGGAGGCCAAGGCGCUGAUCACGCCGCUGCAGCUCUGACUCAGAAGCCCAAACCCGCUGCCCGGUUCUGACAGGCGGUACUGGACUGUGUCUGUGUCGGGUCACCCAGAAACCGGCCCAAAGUUCUGCUGUGAGGGCAAACGGGUCGGUCCAUCUCCUGCUGCUGUUCCAGAACGAGACGACUCGGGUUUAAAAGUCUGAUCCGGGUCAGAACUUCUACGUCUUAACAAGAUGCAGAAUUUCUGUCAGGUUGGAUUCUGGACUUUGACUAGGCCAUCUCAACACCUUGAUCCUUAUUCAGCCGGU